AUGGGUUUCUUCUUCACCAAAGUCGUUCGGAACAUUAUCUUUUUGUUGUUGCUCCUCAAUGGAACUCAGAUGUUCUUGAAAUGGAAGAGCUACAACAUUCAGGCCAAAGACUUCAAAACUUUCAGUGUUAAAUCUGCAGGUAAGAGAUUAUAUCGUUGUACUUUAUUUGUUUAGAUUCCAACUCCAUCAACGCUGUAUCCAAGUUUACCUCCGAACUUCGAAGAAAAUACUCUCAAGAUAUUGAUGCAUCUCUCAAAUGGGUACCUUUCUCGGCUGGCGGUCUACACUUGAAGGCUCAGUUUUUGUACGGUGAUUUGACUGAAUAUAUCGCUGUCUUCACUGCUAUCGGAGAUUCAACUGGACGAUCUGGUAUGGUCUUUGUGUUUAAUCUGGGGGUUUCCUAUGUUUUUUUAAUCUUUUUGAGAUUUUUUUGUUUGUUAAGGUCUUGUAUAUGAUUUUGAGGUUUAUUUUUUUUUUACUUUCAGGUAUUCACUGGUCAAACCACUCCUGUACAGUUCUGACCGGUGAAGUUACUCGUGUCCUAGACGCCUUCAGCUCUCCAGUAAAAGAAACCUUCAAACAAGGCCAGAACUUCCGUCAUGGACAGUUCGAAUCGUUUGUCUAUAUUCUGAAGGAUCAAGCUACAGUAGCCUGUUACGGUAGAGGAUUCAUCCCAGCUUCAUCAGUAUGGUCGCUUUCGGGAGCCCUGUCGACCGGAGACCCAUUGGCUGCAGUAAAACAAUCGUACGUAUACGGACGACUGACCUUUGACACUUUGACUAGACACGGUUACCACUACUUUGACUAUGUAGCAAAGAAAGCGAAGGGCGAACUUUGA